UGGAAACCAUGCGAAUCCUUGCGCGAUUUCGGCGGGCGACGACGGGCCGGCGGCUCCUCUCGACAGCGCCGCGCCCGAUAUCCGCGCUCAACUCGCUCUCGGGCAAGGUCGAGCCGCUUCCAGUAGCGUCCUCGGGCCCGCUCAAGUGGUACGUCUGCGGGCCUACGGUCUACGACAGCGCCCACCUCGGCCAUGCGCGCAGCUACGUGAGCCAGGAUAUUUUGCGGCGUGUCUUGACGGGCUACUUUCGCCAUGAUAUCAACUUAGUCAUGGGCAUGACCGACGUUGACGACAAGAUUAUUGCCACGUCGCUCCGCGAGGGCAAGCCCAUGGAGGCCGUGGCACGCCACCACGAAGCCGCCUUCUUGGCCGACCUCGCGUCGCUCAACGUCUUGCGGGCCUCUGCCAUCACGCGAGUGAGCGAACACAUUCCCGAGAUCCUCGCCUACAUUAAGACGCUCGAGGCCAAUGGCUUUGCCUACACAACGUCGGACGGCGUGUACUUUGACACGGUCGCGCUUGGUGCCAAGUACGGCAAGCUCGCCCCCAACGCUGCGACCGAAAUCAGCGACGUUGCAGCCUCCGACGACUCUGGUAUUGGCAGCGAGAAGCGCAACGUGCGGGACUUUGCUCUCUGGAAGCGGUCCAAGACUGCGGACGAGCCCGGGUGGGACUCGCGCUACGGCCGCGGCCGACCAGGGUGGCACAUUGAGUGCUCGGCCAUGACGCACCAUGUGCUCGGCGGCGCGAUCGACGUGCACUCGGGUGGCAUUGACCUCUGCUUUCCGCACCACAACAACGAAGUCGCGCAGUGCGACGGCUACCACCACACGACCGCCGGACAUACGUGGUGCAAGCACUUUAUUCACUUUGGGCACUUGUACAUCAAGGGUCUCAAAAUGUCCAAGUCGCUCAAGAAUUUCAUCUCGAUCCAAGAUUUUCUGAGUGCGCCGGGGUCGUCCUCGGAUGCCUUUCGGCUCUUCUGCCUCCAGUACAAGUACAACACAAAUGUGCACUUCUCGGAGGACCGGAUGCGCGACGCCAACGUCCUCUUGCAGCGCUUUACGUCCUUCUUCCAGUCUAUCGUUGGCCUCACAAAGGCAUCGACGCUGCAUCGCCGCCUCGAGACGCCCAAUGAUGUGCUCCUCACGGCGCUGGCCGAAGCCAAGGUCGAGGUCGACCGUGCCUUGCGCAAUGACUUUGAUACACCGGCGGUCCUCCUGCAACUGACGCAGCUUAUCUCGCUCGUGCACCGUGAAGUUCAAUCCCGCGACAUUUCGAUCGAGGUUGUGUGCCGCGUUGCCGCCUACGUCCUCGAGACGCUCCACCUCUUUGGCCUAAACAAGUCGCUCGCAGGCUUUUCGUCGAUUGCGCUGGCGGCGCCGGUCGCUACCACCGACGCGGGUGCUGGCCUUGCGCACGCCGAGAGCAUUCUCGACGAGUUUACCGCCUUCCGCGCUCGCGUGCGUCAAGCUGCGUUGACCAACCCCAAGGACCCGCAGAGCCAAACGAUCUUGGCGCUUUGCGACCGACUUCGGAACGAGACGCUGCCGCCCCUCGGUAUCCAAAUCGAUGACGUGGCGCCGGGGACGUCGCACUGGAAGGCGCAAACUAUGAUCGAGGCCGACGCGGCGCCGGUCGACCCGGUCAAGGUCCAGUUGGCCGCCAAGCAAGCCGCGUUCGAGGCCGAGAUGCAGAUCGCACCCGCCGACUUUUUCCGACGCUCGGCUCAAUUUGCGGGCCACUUCGGUGCGUUUGACGACGAGGGCGUGCCAACGCAAGACGAGAACGGUCUCGACUUGACAAAGACAGCGCGCAAGAAGCUGCUGAAGAAACUCGAGAAGCACAUCAAGUCGCACGAUAAGUACUGGGCGACCCAUCAAUAGACUCAUAGAUCCGGGGGCAACCUGAAUACACCUGGUGCCGUCCUACAUGUAUAAGCAACUUGGACGUAAAGUUGACCACGGUACCGUCAUGCCGGCACACGUCGCGCCGACGAGUGUGAUGUCAGUUGCCUUUGUC